GAGGCAAGCACCAGAACCCUCCUAGAGAAGCUCUGAGGCUGCAGAAUUGCAUUAGACAAAAAGGAGGAGAUGAGGAAACUUCUGGUGCUGCUACUCCUGACCCUGGCCCUGGCAGCCUCCUGCUAUUGUGAAAGAGAUUCAAAGGACACCUUGGAAUCACACGGUGUUGAAGGUGUUAAGGUAAAAAGAGAAACGGCCAAUGCCUUUGUGAGGAGGCAGAAGAGGUCCUACCCCUAUUAUGAAAGGUACUAUGAAAUGUACAAGUCCCCAAUGGAGCUGAGGAAGGAACAGUGUGAAAACUACGCCCCCUGUGACUACCUGUCCGAUCACGUGGGGUUUCAUGCUGCAUAUCAGCGUUACUUUGGGAGGUUCUGAGGAAGAGACUGUCCCUUCCCUCACCUGGCUAGGGUCCAGUCUGUCCUCCAUAAAGACUGGGGUAGUGUGAGGAAGGGAAGGAAGGAAAAGGGAGAGGUAGAUUGGGCCCACUUCAAUUCUGCUCAGCACUGAUGAGAGCACAAUGGUAAAAUUUACCCCAUGUAUCCAUUUUCCAGUCCAAGACAGCUGAACACUAGUUGUGAUCCUUCUACCAGAGGCAUUCCCACCUGUGGCCUCCCAUAGUAUUUUGAGUUUCUUCAGAGAAAGGAAGGUGAGGAGAAUCCGUCUUAUCUGCUUGCCAUGGAAGUUCCAGAGCAAGUAUAGGAAGAAGAGAUUCUUCUGAAGAAACUCAAAAUAUGACAAAGGGAGGCAGCAAGAUCUUUUGUGCUCCCUCCCCUCCCAAAAAAGUACAAGGUGAGGGGUGACUAAUAUGAGAAAUGCAACAGUGUGUGUGUGUGUGUGUGUGUGUGUGUGUGUGUGUGUGUGCUGUGGAGAGCAGUGAUCCUCAUGCAUGCACUGGAAAGGGAGGGGUCCUGUUGGGGAAGGUUCAGCAGAUUGCUACUACCAGGUUCCAGUGUGGGGUGAUCAGCCCAAGUGUAUAUUAGUGACAAUGCAUGAGCCCCUAAAGGUUUGGUGGGUCCAUUCAACUAAGCACCUUGAUUUCAUAUACUUCACUGAGCUUCUUGGACCUGCAAAAUUGGGGUGGAAAUCUCUGAUGCUUCUGAUACACCCUGUUUCUGGUCAGGCUGAAAAUACCUGAACAAAAAGCUCUUCCUCAUAAUUAUUUUGGCACUUAUGUUUCUGGUCCUGGCUGAAAUAAACAAACAAACAAAAAAUGCAGAGGCAACUGUAAAAUAAAACAAAAAGUUAAUUGAACUUUUAUGAAUCUUCAAAAAAAAAAAAAAGAGGGUGGUCAGUUCAGGAUUGGGUUGGGUUGAAGUUGGGUCAAUGCCAGGUUUAUCCAAAUUGGUUUGCCUAUCCCCAAUAUGUAUCUUCCCUCUUUGCAAAUUCAUGCAGGUAUCUUUUUAUGAGUGUUAUGCAUUAGCAACUUUCUGAAAUUUCACCUGUGCCAUCAUAUAUUCUGUUCUGUAAGGGAGAUGUCAGGUUCUCCAGAGGGGCAGGUGUCUGCUCAGCAGCAAAAUUUGCAUGUUGGCUGGUGAAAUCAUCCCCAGCUGUUGGCUAUAAUAAAUGCUGGUUAUGUAAAG